AUGCCAGCCGCAGCAGAUAUCCUCUCUGACCCGGACAUCAACCAAGCCUACGAAGAUGUGCGCUCCGACAAGUCCGAGACCACCUGGCUUAUCUUGAAGGCAUGUUUUCUCCGCAUGCCGACACGCAUGACCCGAAAUCGCUACGCAUCUGCAACUUCGGAUAAUCUCACGUUGGCAUGCACCGGCACGGGCGAUAUUGCCGAGAUGACAGAGAGUCUGGCGGACGAUGAGGCGGCGUAUGCGUAUGUGAGAAUGAAGUUGGGGAAUGAUGAAUAUUCAGAACGGGUCAAGUUUGCUUUCGUGGUCUGGCAAGGUGUGAACACUAAAGUCAUGCGCAAGGCCAAGAUGUCGUUUCAAAGCGGACAAGUCAAGCAGGUGAUUCGAACGUAUGCUGUGGAGAUCCAGACGAGUGAUAAAAAAGAGUUGGAGGCGGAGGCUGUGACGUUGAAGUUGAGAAAAGCCAUGGGCGCGAAUUACGACCGGCAAACAACAAAUUACUAG